AUGGGAACGAAAAUUGAGUAUGUCGACUCGAGCCACAUGUACGCGACGAACUACAUUCGAAACUCGAAAGCGAUUGCGGUUCUGUGGGCGAUCUUCAGCAUUUGCUACGCGAUCAUCAGUGUCGUCGCAUUCGUAACGCCAGAAUGGGUUGGCGAUGCAGACUCGGACGCCGGGGGCCGGCUUGGCCUGUGGCAGAUUUGUCAGAAAGAUGAUCUCAACGACAGCUGUAGUGGCAAACUGGAAGAGCUUCUGGAAAUGCAGUCGAUCGCGUUUCAGGUGGCGACCGUAUUUUGUGGCCUCGCCGUGGCCACUUCCGUGCUGGCGAUCUGCUGCCUCCUGCUGAUGGUGUUCAUGAAGUCAACGACCGUCUUUCACAUUUGUGGCUGGAUGCAGAUGCUUUCCGCCCUCUGCAUGGUGAUUGCUUGUGUUUCGUUCCCGUUCGGGUGGAACUCGGACGAGUUCCGCAAGAUUUGCGGCCCCGAGUCGAACCGUUUCGAGGUUGGUUUGUGCAGUUUGCGCUGGGCGUACCCAUUGGCAAUAAUCGCAUGUAUCGAUGGGUUCAUCCUCGCCACGUUGUCCUUCAUUCUCGCUACGCGACACGUCCGCUUGCAACCGGAACCGCAGUAUCAAAGCAGUACGUAUAAAGGGGAAAUUAACAAUGCCUACGUGACGGACGCCGUUAGCAUCGCCGGCUCGAGGAAGUCGUUAAACCUUCAACCAGUGCUCCUGGUUGCGCCGCCACACAUGGCGCAUCAUAUGAACGGUACCGACACUCUGUCCAGCCGAGCUGCUAGUCGCUACGGACACGGUAUGCGGCCAGACUACCACAGCUCGCUGCAUCAGUUCCAGCUGUAAUAUACACCAUACCAUGUGCAGUGACGUUACGUUGCACCAAACAAUCCUUCGAAAUUGCGCGAUAAAAUUAUUAGUAACAUCGCGAACAAAAUCUAUCACUAUUCAAUCCUCAGCACGUAACGCUUUAGCGUUACGUCGAAGGUUGCCCACCCAUCCAGCAUGGAGUGAGGUGCCCGUCGUCGAAUAGUUGAUUUUUAACUUAUUGAAUUCUUCCUCGCAUCACGUUGUUUGGAAAUGGUGCAUGGAGUUAGUUUCUUUAUUUUAAAACUGUUUGACAAGAGACCGAGA